AUGCAGCAGCAGCUGUGCAGCAGCCACUGCCUCCCGGCCCGUGCCAGCGUCGUCGCCCGCCCCGGCUCCGGCCACCGCGUGCUGCCACUCGGCCGCCGGCCGGCGAGGCUCGGCAGGGUCACGGCGUACGCCUACCCCACAACCCGCCGCCCGGCCCAUGGCUCUCCCAUUGUCGUCGAUGCUGCGAAAUCCUGCCUGCUCCAGGAUGCCCCCGUUGCUGCCCCGACGCAGCUGCUGCGGGAUCACGCUCCCGCCAAGAACGCACCAAAACAGCACACCAGCAACGGCUUAAGGAAGGACAAGUUUUACGAGGUCGAGAUGACGGUCCAGGACGACGAGCUUGACGAGUACGGCGUCGUCAACAACGCCAUCUACGCUAGCUACAUCCACAGUGGCCGUGACAUUUUCCUCGAAGAUGUCGGCAUUGGCGUCGACUACUGGACGUCGACGGGCAACGCUCUGGCUCUUUCAGAACUGAACCUCAAGUUCUACACGCCCUUAAGGAAGGGUGAUAGGUUCGUCGUGAAGAUAAAGGUCGUGGAGAUCAAAGGUGUAAGGAUAAUCGUCGAACAUUUGAUCGAGACGCUGCCAGAUCAUAAGCUCGUAGUGGAUGCCAAAGCAACCGCUGUUUGCCUCAACAACAACUACCGACCAACUCGCGUGUUCCCUGAACUGUCGUCAAAGUUACAUCAGUUCUUCUUAUCCUAA